AUGAAUGCGGAACACCAUCUUCAGCAACAACAACAACAACAACAGCAGCAGCAGCAGCAUACCAUACUGCAGAACGUAUCGAAUAUCAAUACCGCCGGUGUUGAUCCGCUCACGUCGCGGACUUUUAACGCGUCCGUCGCCUCCUCCAACAAGGACGACGUAAUAGUAAACCCUAGCACAAGAGAACUGCCCAUGCCCUUGCACCAGCAGCAGUAUAUAUAUCCGUACUACCAGUAUUCCAACAGCAAUAACAGCAAUAGUGGUAACGUUGCGACUGCAAACAACACGGCCGCUUCUCCGAUCAUUCACAGCAACAGCAACAGUAACAGCAACAACUCUGCCGCUGAUUUCGGCGGCGCUCACAACAACAGCACCACGACCAACACCAACAACAAUGCUAAUAAUAUUCAUACAAACCAAUACGCCGCCGCCGCCGCCGCCACUGCGAACAUGAACGCAAACGCUGCUGCCGCCGCCGCUUACUACGCUUUUCCCAAUUCAAAUGUCCCCAUACCGCAACAGGAUCAACCAUACAUGUUCAAUCCUGCCUCCUACAUAAGUCACUACUACUCAGCCAUGAACAAUAACAUGAACAACAACAACAACAACAACAACAACAACAACAACAACAACAACAACAACAACAACAAUAGUGGCAGCAGCAAUGCCCCUAAUCCCAGCAACAACCUCCCCCCACAUCCCGUCCCUCCUCCUCCUCAGCACCAUCGCCACAACAACAGUAACAGCAGUAACGCGAAUACGAACAACCCUCCCCCGCCGCAUCACCCGACCAUAAUAACAGACCAAUUCCAGUUCCAACUACAGCAAAAUGGCUCUACGAACCUAAACAUGAAUAUCAACCCGGCACAGCCUCUGCAUCUCCCUCCCGGUUGGAAAAUAAACACCAUGCCGCAACCGCAUCCAGCAGCUGCUUCCAACCACGCACCUCUACCGCCUCAGCCGCAAAACCCCGUGGCUCCCAACGCCAUGCCGGCGCCUUCGUCCGACCAAAAAUACAUCCAUCAAUGCCAGUUUUGCGAAAAAUCGUUCAAGAGAAAAUCGUGGCUGAAAAGACAUCUACUGUCGCAUUCUCAACAGAGACAUUUCCUGUGUCCAUGGUGCUUGAGCAGACAAAAGAGGAAAGACAACCUCUUACAGCACAUGAAACUCAAGCACACGAACUAUUUAUUGGAUGAAUUGAAGAAAAACAACAUUAUCUUCAACUACAACAAUUCCACCACUACCAGUAAUAACGCCAGCAGUGGUAGCGGUAGCGCGGCGGUGGCCCCGGGGACUGAAGACGGCAACAGCUUCGAUCCGAACAUCAAGACUUUAAUCAAUGAUGGCGUACUGAACAAGGACGACGUUAAGCGUGUUUUGAAUAACCUUAUUGUCAGUCAUAACAAAUAG